CCUAUCGGCCAGCUGUGUUCCAUCCAUCUAUAAAAAGAAUUGACCACCAACUGAGUGCCAACAGUUGUUUCGCAUAUUUACGCUCGUCCAGACGCGAUGACACUUUCGCUUUGGUACUCUCUCUUCGGCAUCUCCGCCCUCUGGAGGCUGGGGGCAACGGCGUGGGUAGAAAACUAUCAGCCAACGAAUGAUGUGGCCAAUAUUACGCUUAUUGAGAGUGCGAGCCAGAUUUUAUGUAGUUUCCAAACGAAAGUAGUCUAUGUCUACUUCGAGAACGGUACCUCUUCCGGUUAUUCGGGUGAUAUAUUGCGGUAUCUAAGUGAUUGCGGUACUUCGUACAUUACCUUAAGGAAUCGUGUGAAAACCGCGCCGCUGGAGCUUAUCAAAAACGACGGAAUACUUCUGUAUUUGGUAAUGAUAUUUCACGACGCUUCACAACGGGUCGACCUGGGUAUUCUUCGUAAAAAGUCCGCAACUAAGCACCUCUCCCAUAUUAUCAUGCUCAUUAUGAAUUCAGAUACCGUGACAGAGAGUUGGUUGCGUCGCACAUUCACGAUCUUUUGGCAAAUUUGGUUUCUCAACAUUGUGAUCAUGUUCAAACGAGACAAUGUGCUGCAAGUCUACAGAUACAGUCCGUUCGCCGAUGAGUUUCUUAUAAAUAUUCAACUGGACAACCAGCGAUUUCCAAGUAUGGAAGAUCUCUUUCCCAAGAACUUGCCGAAUAUGGGCGGCCGACCUUUACGUGUGUGCAUGUAUCACGACGAGGUGCGCGCCAUUUUCACAAAUCCCAAGGAUGACCAGACGCUAAUUGGUAGUGACGCUCUCAUGUCGCAAUUCAUUGCGGAAAGAUUGAAUGCCACGCGCAUUAUACGCCGCGUUAGCAGGUUCGGUAACUUCACGCUGAAGGCAGAUAUUUGUUUCAAAGAAAUCGCUCAGGAAUUAGACGAUGUGGCAUUUAAUAUACGUUUUCUGGCGGCGCCAACUUUCUCCAGAGAAGCCGAAUACACAUUCGUUCACAGUCGGGAUAGUCUAUGCGCUUUGGUACCGAAGGCGAAGAUAGCGACGACAUUUUGGAAUUUAUUUCGUUCGUUCACAGUUCCCGUUUGGCUGACAAUCUUGCUGUCGAUUCCGCUCGCCUACGUCUUUUGUAAUAUGGUGCAUCUACGACUAAACAAAUCGGAGUUCGAUCUACUUCAACUGUACGCCACCACACUAACGAUGCCCUUGACACGUAUACCCACACGGACUCCCUUGCGCAUUUUCCUAUUUUUCUGGCUAUUCUACGGUAUGUUGAUUUGUAAUACAUUUAAAGGCAAUCUCACGAGCAGUCUUGUGUUUCGAACAUACCUUGAGGAUGUGAACACCUUGAAGGAUUUAGCUGAGUCACCAUAUGAUUUGUUAGCAUACGUAAGAUAUAAGAAACAUUUAGAUCUUUUUCUGAAUGCCAGUGAUCCGUACGAGGCCAUUAUUAAACGUAAAAUAGUUGUUGUACCCGACGAAGAAGUUUUGGCUGGAAUAAAAAAGAACAACCUCUCGUACGCCUAUGUGCAGAAAUAUCACUUUGCUGCCUUUUAUGCGAACGCUCGCAUUCACUCCUUUCGGGGUCGGCCCUUAUUCCAUGUGAUGUCUGCUUGCUUGGUUCCUUUUCAUGCCGUCUACAUCGUGCCUUAUGGAUCACCUUAUUUGGGUUUCAUCAACAGAUUAAUUCGGAGUUCGCACGAGUUUGGCUACAAUCUCCAUUGGGAAAGUCUCAUGAAUGCGGCCUUCUUGGAGUCGGGAAAGAGAAGAAUCCGCAACUUGAGGAAUGACGACGACCCAGUCGUACUUAAAUUGGGACAUUUUCAGACAGCGUUUGGCAUACUAUUCGUUGGACUCACAAUAGCAACAAUAACAUUUUUGUGGGAAAAAUUUCGCCUACCACAUUUAAAACACAUUUUUAACAGCUUAUACUAGAAGAGUGCUUGUACCACGGAAGGACAAAUAUGCAAAUCUCUGUAAGCAUUUAUGCGUAUUAACAAAGGAACCACAGAAGACGAUAACAAAUAGAACAAAAUUCAACAAUUCAUGCAGUUUAGUGGAGAAAUCAUGCAAUCUUUGGCUUUCACUUACCAUUUUCUUCUCUUCUAAGGCUCUAUUCGCUUCUUUCAGCGCGAUAACUUCAUUUGUCAGUCUUUGCACUUCAUAGUUGGUUGUAUUGCCAGCUAUGGAAGUAUUUGGUAUGUUUUCAUUGGUUGCGUCUGUCGCUUUCUUGGCACCGAUCAGCGGCAAAGUGCUGUUCUUUUUCAAGAUCUCUAGGGAAUUUUGUAGUCUCUUGACUUCAUUUUUCCAUUUUCUCGUCUCUGAUUCAUUUUGUGCAC